ACCGGCCAGGUUUCCAUUUGACCAACCUCUCUGGCCCACCUGUUUCUCAGGAGCUUCCAGUGCCCCUGGCAUCAGCAGGGUGCCUUGAUCCUGCCUGGCCCCUCUCAGCCACCCUGCUGCAAUAUAUCCCACCUCUAACAAACACCCGUUUCUUCCACAUGUACACUGGGAACUCUGCCUACUGGGUGCGGCCUAUACUUUCUGCACACACACUGCAUGGCAUUCUGCGCAGGCUGGGCUGCAUGGCCACCUCCGAGGCUGAGUUUUCACUGGUCCAGGCCGUCAGCGAGGAGGACACCAAGCAGAUGGUAUUGGAGAUCUUCCUAGUCAGAGUCGCAUGUGAGGCUCUUCUGGAAACCUCAGGCAGGCAGGUCCUGAGGCUGGGCAGAGAGAAACUGGUCAGGCUCCCCUGCAGGCAUGGCUCAGAGAGAAGGCCGGUGAAGGCCCACAGCUGUCUCAAGGGGGCCCAGCCAGGUGCAGGCCCCUCAGAAGGAGUGGGAUCGGAGAAGGCUCUGGCUGAGGGCCUUGUCCAUUGGAGCUCUCUGCCAGUGGCCCUGAGCCUGCCUGAGAUCUUGACAACCCCCCAGAGCCUUCUCACCGGUCCGUGUGUCCCCUCAGAUCCCCAGUGCCAUACCAGCACAUGCUCGGACAGUGAGGAGUUUUUGACCUGCUACAGUGGCCUUGUCCUGCACCAGGCAGCCCUGUUCUCCAAAGACAUUGCCCUUGAGCAGCCUGAAAAGAAACCACCUCCAGGGUCUAGUGCUGGGCUCCAGCCCACCUUCAGGUGAGGUGGUCUCCCCCUUGGGGGCAGCAGUGAGCAGCCCUGGUCCCUGAUGUAGCUCCUAAGAGCAGAGGGGUCACCAUCCCCAGCCAGCUCUGCCUGACGCCCAACCCCCAAUUGUCAGAGAAGUCCUGGACCUAAAGCCAGAAGCACAGCCAAGCUGGCCACCCCGGGCACACACGCCGCUCCCCCAGCUGUUUCCUCCGAGAUGGAUGAGCUCUGUGAGCACCUCUCCCACUUCCUCUGUCCCCCAACUCUAGCAGGCCAGCCCAGGGCUUCCUAGACCCUGGGUUUGAAGAGAAUGGACAGAGACUCUCAUGAGGACAAAGCCUGCCGGUGAGGACAGAAGCCCAAACAGGAGGGUCACUUAGCUCUGGGGAUGUACUCAGGCCCCCCUCUCAUGUACAAGAGCCCCCCUAGCAUUCACUAUGUCUCCCCAGGGAGCCAGUUCCCACCAAGAACACCUCCCAGAGAACAGCUGAGGAUGUCACCCCUGGGUGGUACAGGAGCAGACACCCUAAGCAGGCUGCUCUUCCACCAGGAAUGUGAUCAGAUAGAGGUGGCAGGUCUGAGACCACAGCAUGGGGCUUCUAUUAAUCAACCCCAGCUGGUCUCAAGUCCCAGCCCUGCCACCUACUGUGACUGGACUACACACUCACCUCUCCAAGCCUCCU